CUUGAAUCUUGAUUCCUAGGCGUAAAAUUUAUUAAAAUUAAAAAUUAUGCCAGAACACUUGAAAGCAAACGAUAAAAUACAAGCUCGCAUAGAUUGUUUACAAAGAUUGCGUAAACGAUCGGACGAUGCUUUGCAAGCUAAUCGACAUGAAGUUUAUGAAGAAUUUCAACGUAAAAAGACUAAUCCUAUCCAUCAAGAACGUAAACGUGAGGCGGAAAAAUUAUUAGCUAAACAGGAAGCGCAAGUAAGAGGAGAGAAUUAUGAAAGGAAACGAUUUUGGAGUUAUUCUGCCGAAUCUGUAGAGAAAUGGGAAAAAAAACAAGAAAAGAAAGCUAAAAGAUCUAAUACCGGAUUUACAGAUUUUAACCAAGUUGCGCAUAAAAAAUAUAAGAAGCAAAUAAAUGAAUUCAAACCAGAUUUAGAAGCUUAUGAUGAACAAAAAAUAGCUACAACUCUUACCACCACCAAGGAUGGAGAAAUUAUAUACAUUGAUACUGAAUCAUCUUUUUACCGAGAUGCAAAUUCCCUUCGAUAUGCUAGUGUUGAUAAUGUUCCAAGUCCUCAAGCAGUGGAUCGGUUGGUGACAGACGUCAAUAAACAAAUUGCUCAACGAGAAAAGUUUUCGCGUCGUAAAAAAGCUGAAGAUGAUGAUGAAAUCACGUAUAUUAAUAUGCGUAACAGAAGAUUUAAUGAGAAGAUUGGUAGAUUUUACGAUAAAUAUACCAGGGAAAUCAAAGGAAACUUGGAACGUGGUACUGCGUUGUAAGAAAUGUAGUUUGAUGAAAAUUCGAAUAUCAAUUAUACAGAUACUUUCAUGAUUAUGAAAUUAAGAACCUAGGAAAAGAGCUUAUUUCUCCGUUCCAACUUCCUACCUGUGUAAUUAAUUAUUUGACUUAAUUAUUAAGACUAUUUUUGUUUAAAUAACUGAAAUAAUAUGCGGCAUAAUGAUUAGUAUUAGCAUUAUCUAAACGUCAUUAAUUACGCUAAUUACGUGUAAUUACUCGAUGUCGUACUC